CACUAUACGCGCUAUAUGAGUCAAUAUAUAGGGACUUCCUCUUUGGCUUCAUGCCUUCAUCCUCCACACCUCCUUCCUUCAUUCCUUCGAUAGCAUCAUCAUCACAUUGAAAUGGCCAGGAAGAAGGUGAAGCUGGCAUGGAUCCAAAAUGACUCAGCGAGGAGAGCUACCUUCAAGAAAAGGAAGAGGGGAAUAAUGAAGAAGGUGAGUGAGCUGAGCACACUGUGCGGGGUGAGUGCUUGUGCCAUCAUCUACGGACCCUAUGAGCCGGAGCCAGAUGUUUGGCCUUCCCCUCCGGAAGCCAAACGCGUUCUAGCUCGUUUCAGGAACAUGCCUGACAUGGAACAAUGCAAAAAGAUGUUGAAUCAGGAAGAAUUCCUGAGACAGAGGAUCUCUAAGGCCAAGGAGCAUGUGAAGAAGUAUUCCAAGGACAACCGAGAGAAGGAGAACACCAAACUCUUGUUCGAGUGCUUGGCAGGACAAAAGGGUUUGCAUGAUCUGGGGCUUGAGACACUCACCGAUAUCGUAUGGAUCGCCGAAUCCAAACUGAAGACCAUGAAAGAUAGGAUGGGACUCCUCAAUAGGCCCUCCACUAUUCAUUCCCCUCUUCCAACCCUUUCCGAUCCUCCUCCCCAGUACUUCAUGACCAUGUCCACCCCUAACCUUAACCCAACCCCCAACCUUACUCCAACACCCAACCCCAUGGAUAUUCAUCAUCAUGAUCAUCACAGGAUGAUGAUGAUGAGGAACAACAAUCCUGCUGCUAAUGCUAAUGCUGUAACUAUUGCUGCUACAAAUGCUGUUGGUGCUCCUAGAGAAGUGAUCAGAAAUAAUGUUGGUGGAGGAGAACAAAAUAGGAUGGCGGCAAUAGAUCAUCAUCAGGUGGCGGCCAUGGAGGCUCUGCAUGUAGGACAUCAACUGACCCCCACCAACUGGUUCAUGGAUAUGAAUAUGAUGAACCCCAAUGAACAAGUGGGCUUCCCUCCCAAUGAAAUGGUUUUGCAAUAUGUGGAUAAUAAUAACAUCUGGACCAAUCCUUUCUUUCCCUGAACAAGAUAUAUCAUAUGAUGUCUGCUAUUUGUGGUUUCUCUCUCUUAUCUGCAAGUUCAUUCCUAUUAUGCAAUUUCUUUUCUUGUUUAAUUAGGACUGCGUGCCCUAGAGUUGUCUGUUAUUAAUAAUAAUCCAUCUUUCUAAGUGUUUGUAUCUCUCUUCUUAGUCUUUACUGUUAAAGACUUGUUUUUCGUCCAUCUUGUUCUUAUGCCUUUGUGUUUCAUCGAAUGGUGAAGUAAAUAAAUAUAUGUUUUCUUUGUCAUUA